GUUACCCGCGUCACGGCGCCGCCCUGCCAGUGAGAGCGAAUCCCGUGGCGCUGAGGGAACACGAGCGUCUCGUCGGUCCCGGAGGAAGGCGAAGGACCAUCCCGUCUUCGGUUUGGACGACGAGCGCUCAGUGCAGAAAAUUGAAAAUAUCUUUAGAAGACCUUUCGAGACUCAAUUGCUUCAGUGUUCAUCAAGACAGCAUAAAGAAUGUGAAUCUCCACUGAAAGAUCAUGGCUUUUGGAGCAAGGCUGUGCUCAGUACUAGGUGUAGCCAAUACAUCUACAAAUAGAUACUGACUGAGAAGAGCACACUACAGCUACUGUAAGGAUUCAGUUUCAGGAGAAACUGUGCAGGAGGAGGAAAAUGUGCAGGAGGUGGAUGAUGUGUGGAAGGUCGAAGAUACACACGAGGACGAUGCGCAGGAGGAGGACGAUGCGCAGGAUGUGGAAGAUGCGCAGGAUGUGGAAGAUGCACAAGAGGAUGUGAGUGAUGAGAGAAAGGAAGAAUUUUUCAUCAAGCGUCUUCCAGUACCACCAUCAUUCUUUUUAAUUCCAAAUUCAGCUUGGAGAGAUCUUCGAAAAAACCAAAAGAGAAAUCACUUCAAGGGACUGCAAUGGACAAAUGUAACUGCAAAAGGCAUUAGGUCCAUUCACCCAUAUUGUAGUUUUGCAUUUGUAGGCCAUAGAGUCAAAGUCGUUGGAUCAAAAAGGAAUGCACCCCUUUUUAAAUGUUCAGGGUAUUGCUCAUUUAGUGACUGCCCAGUUGAAGUAGAUGUUGUUGUGUACAGUGACGCACUACUCAAAGCACAUGUGUUCUUUAGAGGUGAAAUGGCAGUUCACAGCAAAACAGAGCUGAAAAGGCGACCGGUGAGAGCAGAAGACCAAAUCAAAAUGAGCCAGCAGCUUGCAAGCAUGCUUCCAAGAGCUCUUUAUCUACAAAAACAUGCAAAAAUUAAACAAUUCUGUAAUUGAAUCUGGUUGCAGAGAUGAAGCUCCAACUCCUGGUGUUUUAAAGUCUCUCCUGGAGACAAAGAAACAAAGAGGAAACAUCCUAGUGAAGUUUUGAGUCUGAAGAAAAUGAUAGAGGAAAAAACUGACUCACCUUGCGAAGUGCUUCAAAAAGUGUUCCUCCUUCCUAAAGGGGUAAUGCUGUGGUCCAAGAGGAGCAUUGACAUUUUUCACAAACUUUCAAAAGAGGACAUAGUGUACCUUGAUGCAACAGGGAGCAUUCUAAAAAAAACCCAACACACAGCUCAGGACCAUUCUAUGUUUAUGAGCUGGUAGUGAAAAACCCAAGCAAAGGUUCUUCCCCUUUCCCUGUAGCAACAUAUGUGACCUGUGAUCACACUACUGCAUCAGUAUUGUAUUUUCUCUUUUCAUUUCAAACUGAUCAUGCCAGACUUCAUGGACAUAGGAACACAAAACCUGUAAUGGUUGUAUGUGAUGGCUCUAUGGUCCUCAUGCAGGCCAUAUCACAUGCAUUUUGUCAAACAAACCUAAGUGACUUGCUUCAGAAGUACUUUAACAUAGUAACCGGAAAAGGCACUGUAGAAGACUUCAGCCAUCCCAUUCUUCACCGCUGCCUGAGCCAUGUAAUGAAGAAUGCAAAGACACUGUGCAAACAUGUACCCAGUCAUUACAAGCUGGCCAUGCAUACAUUUGGCCUCUUGACUUCUGCAAGCACAUUGGCAGAACUGGAUGAGAUGCUCCUCAGCUGCACUGUACUCUUCUCCAGCCCAUGCAGUUCAGAAAAUGUCGAGAAACACUUCAAAAACCUACAAUGUUGACUGCUUUUGGAGUAUCAACUGUGAAUGACAGCAGCAUUGUUUGAGGACUUUGAGGGCAUCACAUGUCAAACACCUUUCCAGAGACAUUUCAACAAUGUCAUCAAGAGUGCACCCCUAGAUCUACAAGGUCCUCCUAAUGUCUACUAUUCAGGAACUUUUCUUACGACCUUGGCUACUCACUUCUUGCCUCAGGCAGCACUGUGGACAAGUCUGAUGCUGGGUGACCUGGGAAGGCAUGGUGAGGGGGUUGCUUAUCAACAGUUUUCGAAAAGAUUUUCAAAAAUUUCGAAAAAGACAACCCAGGAGCACCGAAUUCAAACAGAGAAGUGGAAACAAAGAAAAAGAAACAAGAGGGGAGUCUAUGUCUGCCCUAUAAGGAAGCCAUUUCUUCUCAGAUCAAAACAAAUUUCAAUGUCUAGUACCAGCAAGAGCAUUGGGUCUAAAACACCUGUGGCAGCUGAUGACCGGAUGGAUCAGGACCACACUAAGAAGCAGCCAGAUACAGUACAGAGAAAUCCAGUGACAUUCAUGACAUCUACACCAUCCACAUCUUCUGAACCACCCACUUCUAAAUGUGUUCUGAGAAAGAAAACCAAUACAAAUGAAAGAAAGGUCUCAGUUCCUGUUCAGAAAAGCACUGGAAUGAAAACAGGAGAGAAAGAAAACCAUGGGCCAAUCUGGGGAAUUUAUUCACCGAAAGGAAUCAUUCCAACAGCCAGACUGUCAAGACCAGUAGUUAUUCACCAUGAUCAGCUCAUUAACAUUCUGGACCCACACACAUGGCUAAGCAGUGAUGAGAUGGAUUUAGCUUGCAUUACAUGGCACAGAAAUACUGUGACACUGAUGGUUUCCAGUCAUGUCUGCUGUUUUCAGCACUUCGUCGUGGAGGCAUUGUUGGGACACCAGUGAAGCCAUUUGUACAGUUAUUAAACAUUAAUGACAAUCACUGGAUUACUGCAAGUAACAUUUGUGGGCCAAAUGAGGUGUGCAUUUAUGACAGCUUAAAUGUAACGAUUAAUGCGACCACACAGAAAAUGCUUUCUUGG